UGCAUUCAGAGGUCUGACAUCAGUCUAAAAAAUAUGCAUAUUUCAUCACAAGAGUCAUUUGAGCACUUUAAAACAUGUAUCAUGUAUAAACCUAGUUAAACAACUUCAAAAUCUACCCAACAUGUUUUAAACGAACACAAAAGGUUCUUCCUAAUUUCUUUUUUUUUCUUGUUUCAAUUUAGUUCAUAAAUAUUAAAGGAAAUUAACCUUUUUCAAACUUUUGAUGAAUAUGAUGAAUUUCCUCUGUAUUGCUAUAUCUAUUAGGCCCAGCACAAUCUCUAUAUUUAGCUAUAUAGUUUUAUAAAGCUAUUUCAAAUAGCUUCAUUAAGCUAGUUUCGAUUACAUUUCUUAAGUGCAAUGGCACAUAACAAUAUACAUGUACUUUGAACUAACCACAACACUAUUCUAGUUAUAUAUCAUAUGCCAUUUUAAGAAUUUGCAUGAAAAGAGAAUUUCUUUUGUAUUGAUAACUGUCCACUACCUUGUGUGCCGAAGCUUAGAUAAGUAUAUGAUGACUUUACAAUGUGGAAUCUGAUUGCCUAUAUAUCAUUCUAUUGAUCCUCAACGGUGAAGAUUGGUUAAAUGAUGCUUAACAACUUAAUGAUCCUAAACAUUUGACCAUUUUGAAUCAAAAUUCUUCCUAAGGUACAUGUACAAAGUUUAAUAAAUAGUUUUUGUUUACAGUGUGUUGUUUCAAGUACAAGGAUGAAAUAAUUUUACUUAGAAAUUCAAUUCUUAUGCUUUAGAAAUAUAUUUAAUAGAAGGUUUGAAAUAGUUAUAUCAAGCUAUUUCAAUUAGCUUUAAAGAGCUAUAUAGCUUGACUAAGCAUAUAUACAUGGCUAAUUAUACUAGAGAUUGUGCUGGACCAGUCUAUGAGCACAUAAUUGAAAUGAUGUUGCUGAAAGGAAUAAUAUUAUCUUAAUCAUGAUCAGAUAUAUAUUUUGUUCAGUGAUAUAAAUAUGAGUAGUAAUCACAAAUACCUACUGGAUUGUGAAAAGUCAAUAAAAUGAAUACAACAAUAAAUAGUCAUGCUAAAAAUUCUUCCAAUUACAUGAGUAUAUCAUUAGAAAUCAAACUCUAAAGACUUAAUUGUGACACAAGUAUUAGUUGAUAAAUAAUUAUUUUCAAAUUAGACAGCAUAUUGACUAUACCCAAGUAGAUAAUUUUAUCCUCACUCACAUAUGGUUAUGCCAUUGCACUUAGAAACCCAGUCUAAUUCAAUCUAAACUAGCUUUAAAUAAUAAAGCUACUUCAAAUACCUAUAAUGUUAUAGCUAAUAUAUUACUCUUCACUGUGUAUUGACAUUAUUUUUGUGUCUUAUAUCAAUAAUUAUAUAUGUUACAUGUUUAUGCCCAUUUUGGCCCUGAUUUGGUAACGUAAAUUCUAUUUCACAUAGGCCCUAGACUGUAUCGGACCUAAUGUCUGCUUUAUGAAGCAGUGCACAUUGUGUUUUGUUUAAUCAUAUAUAAAAUGUCACCAUAAUUUUCAUUUCACCUGUUUGACAGGUUUCACUGAGUCUAAUACGUUCUUUUCCUUUCCCCCUCCGGUUGCUAGACAGCUGGGCCAUGUGUGAGUUACACGACAACAUCGUCUUCUUCUGUUCUUGACGAAGUCUUUCGUUGUAUUUCGUAGAUCAAAAGUAGCUUUAUAUCAAACGCUCAUCAACAAAUAUGUACCACAUACACCCCAACUAUUACAUGCAUGUGUAUUUCAAUUUCAUGAUGAUCGACAAAACUAAGGCUAUCUGCACCCUAUUAGGCCUAAUAGACGAGAUUCACUUCCGUAGUAACCAGAGCGUGUCCGCCAUGCUGCGGGGCAGAACGAGGGGCAGCGGAUAUGACGAUAUAUGUAAACAAACAAUACCUGCGCGCGUGUUUUACAGGUAAACAGCGCCAUAUUGGAAAGGUAUUCGACAUCCUGAGAUCUUCAACGUUAAGAGAAAAUAAUAUUAUUAUUAUAACAUGGUCAAGAGUUGUGUUGCUGUCAACUGCACAAACAGAUGGGGCACCGAACUGAAUGGGGUUAAACUUGGGUUUUUCCGCAUUCCAAAUGCCAAUAAAUUUCCGGAGAAAAGGAAAGCAUGGGUGUCAGCUAUAAACAGAGAUGGCUACGAACCAAAAAAAGAUGAUGUGAUCUGCGGAGCUCAUUUCCUAACCGGCAAACCAUCUGAUGAUUCUGCUCACCCAGAUUAUGUACCACAAAUCUUUAUACACUCUCCUACUCCUCAGAGGAAACUAGAAGAUGAUCUUGUGCGAUAUGAGAAGCAGAAGAAAAGGGUGAAAGACAAAAUAGAAACAACAAACAGGAGUCAUGCUCAUGUUGAUAUGUCAUAUAAUGUUCCUGCUUGUGUAUAUAUUGUUUCUGUUAUUACUCAUUAAUAGUAAUGUACAUUUCAUGUGAUAGCAUUAAAGAUUGAACUUAAA